GAUAUGCAGAAGUACCGAGCAUGGAGCAAGGCGCAUGGCUGUUGAAUUCCAUGCGCAGCAAUGCGCAGUAAACACCUCUUACAUGUGUAAAAAUGGCGCUUUCGUGUGCGAUUUCUAACGAAGUCCCGGAGCAUCCGGUCAUAUCUCCAGUGUCUGGAUCUAUAUUUGAGAAACGAUUAAUUGAAAAAUAUGUAACAGAGAAUGGAGUAGACCCUAUAACUGGAAAGGAAUUAACAAUAGAUCAGCUCAUUGAUAUUAAAACUACAUCAAUAGUAAAACCUAAACCACCAAGUGCUACGUCAAUUCCAGCUAUAUUAAAAAUUUUACAAGAUGAAUGGGAUGCUGUUAUGUUGCAUUCAUUUACACUUAGACAGCAACUUCAAACAGCCAGACAAGAAUUGUCUCAUGCCUUAUAUCAGCAUGAUGCAGCGUGUCGUGUGAUUGCUAGAUUGACAAAGGAAGUAACAGCAGCAAGGGAGGCUUUGGCUACAUUGAAACCUCAAGCUGGAAUAGUACAAGCUACCACCAUUCCACAACCUGCUCUUGCAGUGGAGGCCGGUGGCACAGCUGCUCAACCCAUGGAACAAGCUGGUAUUACUGAAGAUGUAAUUCAAAAGCUUCAAGAAAGAGCCACAGUUCUCACUCAAGAGAGAAAACGUCGUGGACGUUCAGUACCAGAAGACUUGCUUCCCCAAGAUAGUAUUCGCGCAUUUCAAACACUUUCAUCACACCCUGGUCUCCAUUCAGCUAGUGUGCCUGGUAUUCUUGCACUUGAUAUCCACAGUGCAGAUACCAGUAAAAUUUUAACUGGUGGUGCUGAUAAAAAUGCUACAGUAUUUAAUAAAGAUACGGAACAAGUUGUUGCAAUAUUGAAGGGGCAUACCAAGAAGGUUACUAGAGUAAUUUACCAUCCGGAAGAAGAUAUAGUAAUGACGGCAUCGCCUGAUACUACUAUACGUGUAUGGAAUGUGGGAACAAGUCAGACAACUUUAUUAUUGAAAGCCCAUGAUGCCCCUGUGACUGGAUUGUCUUUACAUCCCACUGGCGAUUAUUUACUAAGUUCAUCCCUGGAUCAACAUUGGGCUUUCUCGGAUAUACGUACUGGUAGAUUAUUAACGAAGGUUGCCGGACAAGUUAAUCAACCUUUAACCACAGCUCAGUUUCAUCCUGAUGGAUUGAUCUUCGGCACUGGCACUCAAGAUUCUCAAGUGAAGAUUUGGGAUUUGAAGGAACAAUCGAAUGUAGCCAAUUUCCCUGGUCAUUCCGGACCGAUUACGGCUAUCAGUUUCUCCGAAAAUGGUUACUACUUAGCUACCGCUGCAGAAGAUUCGUGCGUGAAACUUUGGGAUUUGCGAAAACUGAAGAACUUUAAAACUCUUCAGCUAGAAGAGUCGUACGAAGUUAAGGACAUCUGCUUCGACCAGAGCGGAACGUAUUUGGCUGUAGCCGGUACAGACGUGAGAGUAUACUUGUGUAAACAGUGGCAAGAGUUGAAAGUGCUUAAUGAUCACACAGCAGCCGCGACCGGUGUUCGUUUCGGAAAACAUGCACAGUACAUAGCAUCGACCAGUAUGGAUAGAACAUUAAAACUUUAUGGAUUACCUUGAACAUUUAGUAACAAAACUAUAUUAAAUUAAGGAUAAGGAUAAUUUAAAUUAGAGCUUAUGAUGUAAGUUAGUUAUAGCAAGGACAAUGACAAAUGUUUUUAUCCGCAGAAUCAUUCAAUUUUGUUCUUAAAUUGCAAAUGGUUCGAAAGAUAAUCUUUGUAACACAAUGAAAAUCUAUUUAGCAAGUUAA